GGGGUUUCCCGUCAGGGAGGUGACGUGAUACGGAGGGGAUUUCCACGUCGUGGAACAGCCAAUCAGAGCGAAGACUGUUAACGGAAACACAAAGCUGGAGCAAACUCCGUUUCAGACAUUUCAACACAUGGCUGCGAGACGGUUUGACACCUCUUCGCGGGCUCAGACAGACAGUCGGAGCCGGUGUGCAGCUUAACGAGUAGUUACGGAGCCGUUUGCGAGUUUGCGACGCGAGUUUUGACCGAGUGAAGACUCAUCCGGUUUGGCGACGAUUCAAGAACACGACGGCGGAGUUUAAAGUCUUUAAGGUGGUUUUUUAAGACUCGCCACCUAUGAUGAUAGGCAUGGACAUCUACACCGGUAUCUCUGGUGCAGAGGAGGCAACACCCCUUCCCGGGAUCAGUCUGCCCCUGCCUACAGAUUACGAACUGAUACAAGAAAUUAUCAGCGAGGAUGAGCGGUCAGCAGGCCCCCUACCCGGACCACCUCCUCCUCCUAGCUUCCCCUGCACGACACACAGCCACAACCACAGGACCUCCCGAACAAACUCCUCACCAGCAUCCAACCCUGUGCUGGUGCCAAGAGGCACUGCAUCUAAGCCAAACUUCAACCCGUGUCAUCCUGCAGAGAUGGCAUCGAGUCAUCCUUCUCGAGUACCUGGUUCCUCUGGGCGAGAUCGAGGCUCCCCUUGUUCGCUGAACUCAAAGAGCUCCGGCAUGUCUUCCUCUCAGAACCGGGCCGACACAGACAUGCUGGAGCGCAUCCUCGAAAAACCCAAGCUGGUGGUAGUGGAGGAGCCCAAAGACAGAGGCAUGAGGUUUCGUUAUGAAUGUGAAGGACGCUCAGCAGGCAGCAUCUUGGGGGCAUCCAGCACCGACACCAACAAGACUCAGCCUGCGAUAGAGAUUCAGGGUCCCAUUGAGCACUUAAAGAAGGUUACGGUCACAGUUUCCUUGGUGACCAAAGACCUCCCACACCGGCCUCACCCCCACUGCCUUGUGGGUAAAGACUGUCCUAACGGUUUAGGGAUCUGCGUGGUCUCAUUCAACCCUCAAAACAACCGACGUCACAGCUUUGCUAACCUCGGUAUUCAGUGUGUGCGGAGGAAAGAGCUGGACUCUUCACUUCAGAAGCGAAGAAACCUAAAUAUUGACCCAUUUCAGACUGGGCAUUCAAAGGGCAUCGAAGACAUGGACAUGAAUUCGGUGCGUCUGUGCUUCCAGUGUGAACUCGAGUGGGAGGAUGGCAGGAAAGACCAUCUCAGCCCAGUGGUGUCCAAGCCCAUUUACGACAAGAAGGCCACAACUACAUCACAGCUUAAGAUUACCCAUUUGAACCUGUUCAGAGGUCCCUGCAAUGGGAAGACGGAGGUCUAUAUGUUAUGCGACAAAGUGCAGAAAGAUGACAUAGAGAUCAUCUUCAGGCAAGGGUCAUGGAAGGCGAAUGGGGAGUUUGCCCAGACAGACGUGCACCGACAGAUCGCCAUCGUGUUUAAAACUCCGCCCUACGAGGACCAAGACAUCACAGAGGAAGUGAAAGUCAACGUGUCCCUGCGUCGCAUCUCGGACCAGAUGGAGAGUGAGCCGGUUACAUUCACGUACCUGCCGUGCAAUCGAGAUCCAUACGAGGUGAAGCGGAAGAGGAAGCUAAAGUCAGAGAUGAGCUUUCCAGAGAAGCCUUGUGUGACAGUUUCAGCUGAGAGCGCACCUGCACCAGAGCAGGCCAACCACUUCUUCUCAGAGCCUCAAAACAUGAUCUCUCCACAAGAGGUGCCACACACUGCCCAGUCCGGCAUACCUACUCUGGGGGAACAGCAUUACUGCGAUUCGCUGGAUGUAAACAAUGAGGAGGCAGAACUUUUUAAGCAGCUGCUAGAAAUGCCUUUACUUUGGGAUGUGCUGAAUAACCCAAACUUUCCCUCAGUCAUGCCCUGCCCCAUGGACACCUCCAACAACACCUUUGCAAACAUGGAUAUGAACUUCAACCAAAGCUCCAGCUCUGGCUACGUGCAGGACUUUUCGCAUUACAGUGACGUGCAAUUCAGCAAGCUCGUCAAGGAGAACCAGAACCUGCAGUCAGAGUCGCAGGACGAUAUGGUUCAGGUGAAAACUGAAGAGGAACUAUGAGGAUAGAAACAUAAGAAUCAUGUAGCACAGUUUACAGCAGUUUCUAUCUUCUUGUGACUUUUUGGGAGAUGUCUCUUCCAUGCUAUCAGUUCUAAUCAUUGUUGUGUGUGUUCAGUAGACUUAGCUUCCCUGCUUCCCCCUGUUUCUAGAGUUUGUGCUAUGCUAACAGUCUCUCUUCAACUUUGUAUUUAGCAUGAGAUUGGUACUUAUAGGUGCAGCAGGUAACUGAAACCAUCUUUCAAAAGUGGAUACAAGCAGCAAAAUGUGUAUGUUUGUCCCUCUGGUGUCAUUAACUUGACAGAUCCCAUUAGCCAGUCCCUUUUCCAAUCCCAUUUCAACCAGCAAACAGAUUUCAGAGACUUUACUCUUGAUUUAUAAUGCUUUUGUCAAAUUUAUAUGUUAAAAGCAUCUUCAGGGCUUCUUUUGGUUUCAAGUAAAAGAAAAUGCAUUUACACAUACGUUACAUGUUGCACCAGUCGUCCGAUGACAAUCGCAGCUCCAUGGAGCUCUGCAGAUUGAGGGGUUAGCCUUAUGAUGGCGCUAGUUCAAAGCUCCUUUAUCUGCCUCCUUUAUCAAAAUUAAACAUCAAUUAAUCAACACUGAAACCUAUGCUGAGUUUCACAGCAGUGAAACCAGUGUCUGAUCUUAUGUGAGAACUUAGUUUUUCCAUCUGAGCUGGUACUCAAGUCAGUUUUCACACUGCAAACUGCACCCACACACACACAAUUUUCAAUGCUCGCAUUCAAACCCAGAUGGAGGCACUGGGGGUAUUUGGGGUUCAGCAUUUGCCCAAGGAGACUGUAACAUACAGAGUACAGGAGCUGAGGAUCAAAGCAUCAACCUUCUGAGUAGCAGGCAAGCUGCUCUAAAUCCUGUGCCACCAUAACCAACAAGAUUUUUGGGAAUGUAGAUGAGGAACUGGGUAAUCAUUGGAAUGUAAGGGGUCCUUCCAGGACAUGUGGAUAAAACUAAGUACUCUGUACUACCACACUCCACACCCCUGCAAAUUAUUAUACCAAAUUACUUCUUAGUACCUUCUAAAAGGACAAAUCUAGGUUUCCCCUUCUUCCAGUCAUUGUGGAUUUUUAAGUAGGCUCACAGGUUUUUAUCAAAAAGAAGUAAUCAGAAGAAUUUGUGUGCCAAUUUUGGUGCUCGUAUCCACUUGUGAACAAUUUUCCUGUACUGUUAUCUGCUGCACCAUAUGAAACUGAGAUGGAGCAGAGUGCCUUCUUUGCUGCAGCAGCUUUGCACUUUGUGCUUGUAGACUUUUUGGUUUCACGCCUCUGCUCUGCUGCCCUUUAUUUAACCUUGUACCUUCAUGCCUUUGCUCACAGGUCUUGCUGGCCAAGGCUUUAGGAGCAAGUUAACAUUCCUCAUUGUCCAUAAAUGCUGCAAGCAUUAAUUUAAAGCUUACAGAGUUUUGAAGGAGAACGCAGACUUCUCUGUAUAAGCUGUAAACUUCCAUAAUUGCCAUCUGUUUUAUUUUGUGAGAUGAAACUGAAAUUCCAUGUGUGAAAUGUUUGUGUAAGACCUGUUUGCUUAUUAGAAGCUGCUGGUGGCUUAAAAAUAUUUUUUAAUCACUGAAAAGUCUUCAGUACAGUAGUUUCAGAGCCCUUCUUCUUUGUCCCCAUCUAGUAUUGCACUCUGUUGGCCAUCACAGCAGCUGUCUUGUUUAAUAUUUAAUCAACAUAAUAGAAACCAGACCCCUUUUCCUGUUCCUGUGUGUCAGUUCCUUUUGUUUGGCAGUUUCACUCUCGUGCUAAGCAUUCAAAUUUCCAAUCGCACCUUAUCACAUGUUCAGCUCUGCCCACUCAGUGUAGUAUAAGAGAGUCAACAAAAAAUAAAAUGUCUCUUAUGUG